CUAACCGAGCGCAGAGCGGAGCAGCCAGCAGCUCCCAGACAGGAGACGCCUUAGGGAAAGCACUCGCAUCGAUCUACUCUCCGGACCACACGAACAACAGCUUCUCGUCCAAUCCGUCCACCCCAGUCGGCUCGCCGCCUUCCCUCACAGCUGCAAGUUCAGCCGUCUGGUCGAGGAACGGCGGACAGGGAGCGUCGUCGCCGAACUACGAGGCCCCGCUGCACUCUCUGCAAAGUCGUAUCGAGGACCGCCUGGAGCGUUUGGACGAUGCCAUCCACGUACUGCGGAGCCACGCGGUGGGACCGUCGACGGGUAUGACCAGCGGCCACGGCGACAUGCACAGCCUCAUCGGGGCGGCACAUACGCACAACGGCGCCAUGGGAGCUCUGAGCAGCGGCUACGGGACGGGCCUGCUAUCGGCCAACAGACACUCCCUCAUGGUGGGCUCGCACAGAGAAGACGGCGGCGGCGGCGGCGGCGGCAGCGUGGGCGGCCUGCGCGGAGGACACUCGAUGGCGGGUCAGGUGUCGGUGCCUCAGCUGCCGGUCCAGUCGGCCACCUCGCCGGACCUCAGCCAGCCCGACCCGUACCGCGCCCUGUCCGGAGGCCUUCAGGGCCAGAGCACCUCCUCCGUCAGCUCGGAGAUCAAGUCCGAGGACGAGGGCGACGAGAACCUGCUGGACUCGAAGCCGCUGGACCCCAAGAAGGAGGACCCCGACAGCAAGGAGCUAAAAGCUAUUGAGAGGUCAAGAUCUAGCAACAACGACGACGAGGACUUGUCUCCGGAGCAGAAGAUGGAGCGCGAGCGGGAGCGGAGGAUGGCCAACAACGCCCGGGAGCGCCUGCGCGUCCGCGACAUCAACGAGGCGUUCAAGGAGCUCGGCAGGAUGGUGCAGCUGCACCUGAAGAGCGACAAACCUCAGACCAAGCUGCUGAUCCUGCACCAGGCCGUGGCCGUCAUCCUCAGUCUGGAGCAGCAAGUCCGAGAGCGAAACCUGAACCCGAAGGCGGCCUGCCUGAAGCGCCGCGAGGAGGAGAAGGUCACCGUGACGUCGGACGGGACUCCCCUCUCGCUGGCCGCCGCCCACCACGCCGCCGCCGCCAUGGGCGACGGGCCCAACCCCAUGGGACAAAUGUCCAAGGUGCCAGAGUUCAUCAAGAUGAUGAGCGACCACUUCCUCUGACGGCGUUUCCGUGACAACCUGGCAAUCGAUCAAACCCGACGUCGCCUCAGCCCGACCAAUCAGUAUCUCUGGAACUUCGGCCUGACCAAUCAGAUCAGCCUCUUUCUCUCUCCUCUCGUCUGUUCGUCUCGGAUCCUCCUCUUCGCCAUCGUCUCCUUUUUCCGUCGAGAACACGAACUGCAGAGUCGCAUUAGUCGCUUUCGUCGCUUUGCGUCCGCAGCUGAAGUGAACUGGAUGCUUCUUUGUGGAGACGCUAAAACGGCCGCCGCGACGUCGCUGCUACGGGGUGGCGGCUUUUGGCACAAAGUGACAGCAAUGGACACAAGUGUUUGGAAUCACAUCAUCCAAGAAAUUCUUCUUGUACUACAUGUUUUAUCAGCAUUCCCAGUUUUAAAGAACAAAAGGGUUCUAUAUAAAUAUAUAUAGUAUAUAUAUAUAUAGAUAUAUGAGAAAAAAAUGACAAAAAAAAACUUGUCUAAAAAGUGCAACUGGACACGGGCAGCGAGCAAGGGAAGGGAUUGGGGAGGGAUGUUCAGAAUGGAACAAAACAUAUCACAAAGUGUUUAAAGAGAUUUUUUUUUUUUUCUAAAAAAAAAAACAAAAAAAAAGCAACAUCGCGCAGCUGCUGUUGUUGAACGCAGCUCCAGCGCGUCUCUGACUGAAUGGCAAUCUAACGCCACACUGUGGAUGAAGCUGUGCCUGAUCUCCUCUUGGAUGCAAACCAGUCAGAUAGAUACACACGGAGAACGCAACGCAAAACGAAACUAAAACAGGAAAAAUUCCGGGAAGGCCGCACACCCAGACGUCCCCUUAGACACAUUUUCAAAGUUUAAACGAAGGCGAGAUUAGGAAGUAAAAUCUGUGCUCGGGUUGCAGAGUAAAAACAAAUGCUUGACUAUCAUAGAGGUCCAGGAAGAAGCAGGGCUAAACACGAAAGGGUAACUUGUUCUUUCCUUUCUAAUGCAUUCCCUCCGAAAGUGCAAAUAUUUAGGUUGCCUGUGUCAAGCAGUGUUUCUGUAUGUUGCUUCUUGCCGGUAACCACAUUGACUUUCUUGUACAAAUCUUUGAAUAGAGAGAAAAAAAACCCUGGACAUUCGUACCCAAAUGACCCGUGUGUAUCUACUGGGAGGAAGAAAGUACUUUGAGAAUCAAUCAUUGAAUCAAUUUAAUCAUUCAAUCAGCGAGCGACUCCAGAGGGACUGGGGUGUUUAGGUUGUCGACCAAUCACAGUAGAAACACAUGAAGGAAGAAUGAUGCAGUAAUGAAAAAGUGUACUUCUAAACGCGGCAGGAAGGGAAGGCUUUUCUAACAUCUUGUCGUAGGGUUUGCGGUGCAGAACGAGCUCUAGCGAACAUCCUGAAUCAGAGACCUUUGUUGGAUGUUCAAUAGCGAGAGCAGUUUGGACCGCGACGGAAAAUUGAAGGAUUUGCCGGGCAGAUGGUUGAGAGGACGGACAGAUGACAGGAAUCGGUUGACGAGUGGAUUAGAGCCGGACUGAGCACUGAAGUGAAUUCUUUUUCCAUGUUUAGCACAUUCCCUGAAUCGUUGAAUUGGGUGCUCCCGUUGUCCCGGACGCCUCCUGGGGGGGGAGCCAUGUGGGAUUAAGCCGGGUCAAUAUCACAAGGAACCGGAGCUCGAGAGAGAGAGAGAGAGAAUCCAGAGGUCUAAAUGAAGACGACACUAUUGGGGGAAGCAAGGGAACAAUCAUCGGGGCGAGGGGUGUAUCAUUCUCUUCUGGGGGGCAAGCAGAAGUAGUCAAAGCAUUCCUGUGUUGGAUUCAUUAGAUUUCCUCAUUUCCUGGUUUGGUGUCUGGCUGAUGACCACCCGAAGCCUCUAACUCCAACCUCAGACCUCUCCUCAUUCUACCAUCACUGGGAGUCGGGGGCUUCCCGAUUGACACUACUUGCUUUCUUGGACGAACUCUUAAGUCUUUGUUGAGGUGUCUGUUUGCUGGAACGGCGUCUUAUCGAGGAUGUUGCGGCGAUGAAGGGGCAUCAUUUCCAACAGCUUUUGUUUUUUUUUUUUAGUGCAGUGCAGGAAUCUGAUCAGGAAUCUUCCCAGUUGCGUUCUUCUUAGCGGAGAGGACCAUCUGGACAUAUUGGACCAAGCAAAACCACACACCAGUAGUGAACAGGAGCGCAGAGGCAUGUUAGCAAAAAAAGUCGUCGCUUCACAUGCCACGGCUGUUUUAGCGUUCGGUAGCUAAACGAGUCGGAUUAGCGGUUAAAUGAAAGCACAGCUGGUGCUUUUGUGCCAGAGGACCAAACGUAAGCAGACCCAGACUGCCUGAAGGUUUUGGAGGUUCCAUUUUUGGCCUCAGCAUGCACUAACAGUAGCUCCGGGCCGGGAAUCAAACUGAGGCAUCCAGCAAACAGACACACCUGCUUUGUUUUAGGCCCAGUGUACACGCAAAUUCGGAAUAAUUGUCAAAAAUGUAGGACUGUAUAUAAAAGAUGGACGAUGCAACCAUGAAAUCACCCAAUGGUUUGUAGACCAUAAUUUGUAAUUUGACCAUUGCCACCUAGGUCUUUUGAAACUAGACGUAAUAAGCAAGGGUUGAUUCCAACUGAAAACCCGAUGCAUGGUGCACCCAACCCUAAAAUACACCCUAAGUUAUCGAAUUUAGUCUAUAAACCACCAUAAUUAGUAAAAUCUGCACAAAAAGCCCAAAACUACCAACUGAGACCAUAAACUCAUGAGGAAAAUGUUUACCGAGGUGGCAAAUCAAGUAAGAAGUGGGGUUAUCUUCUCAUAGAUUUCUAUACAAUUGGAUUCCUUUUUGCAUCUAGACGAGUCGCCCCCUGCUGGUCGUUAGACAGAUUGCAGGCACUUCUGUCUUUUAUGUACAGUCUAUGAUUUCAAUCAGUACUUCAUAACCAGUUGAGUCCUGUAUGACCCGGAUUCUUGGGGAGCUGUUUUGUAAACAUCAGCACCUAUUUGGAAACAACAGGAUCAAGUCGAGGCAUGAGUCAGAGAGAUAAAAAUAAAAUCAGGAAGAAAACUUCAGUAUUUGUUGGGUUUCCAAGAACAGCCAAGCUCGUUGGAAGAUCUGGAAGAACAUUCUGUGUCAAUCUGGAAGUCCCCGUUCACCACCAGUUUGAAGCCCUCUCGGUCCAGUUUAGCCCCCAGUCCCAGUGCUCUGCCGACCCUCGCCUUACGAGCCCUGAACCGGAGCCCCAGCCCCUGUCCCCGGUCUCUCGCCCCACCCAAGCGGUCCCACAGAUGCAAUUUGAACAUUCAACACUUCUACCAACGUGCCUUUUUAGAGUUCAUAUCAUUCGAGUUGCCAGAGGAGGACAUUUACCUGGUCUUUUAAUAGGAUGCAAGCUUAGGGAAACCUGUUCUUAGUCGUUAGGUUCUAUGCAGUCAGGUUUUUUACCAGACCUGGGAAUUUAAAAAAAGCUAAAAAGGAAAAAAAAGUAUUUUUUGGAUAAAAAAAACGAAACUGUAUUUAAUGUACUGUACGCUUAUAUGUAAGUAGACAGCGUGUUCUGGCUUCGAGCCGAUGGGACAGACGCUUGAUUUAGCAAAACUAGCCCCCGUCCCAGUCCUCCCAGUCCCCCCAAAGUCCUCCAGAACCCCCAGACCCACUUUCCUGUUCCAAGCCCCGACCCUGUUUCCAUGGUGAACAACGCGUCUCUUCUUGUAUUAUAGCUUAUCAGCUUUUUAUCAAUAUUUGAUCGGCUUGUCCGUAAGCCAAUGUAGUCUUCAGUACAAAGUGUGUGGUCGUAUGUUGUAAAACCGAUUUUCUUUCUUUUUUCUUUUCUUUGUUUUUAUUCUUCUCUCUCUCUUUCUCUUUCUCUCUCCUUCUCGCUGUCUUUUAUAAGAAGAAUCUUUUCUCUGAUUACUUUUUUUUGUCUGUUCUGGUUUACAUGUCUAUUACAGAAAAUGUAAAAAAAAA